AUGGCUGGACCGCAUAAAUGGGAUGGAACUAUCUCAGGAUUAGAUUUUUGUGAAGCUGCUAGGACAUUUUCUCAGAGGUGGAAGGAGGUCAAUCCUACUCUUACUCACUGGGUGUGGAUACCCCGGCCAAUGAUCUCAGGAUCUGCCAUUGGUGAGGUAAGUUCAAUUUUUCUUCUUUUUUCUUUUUAUUUCACCAGCGGCACUGGAAUGCUAAACCUCUUCACCUGUUUUAACAUGUAUUUCUGAUGUGUGUCAGGGGGUUGGUUAUUUGUCUCUUGAAAAUAUGUGUCAUCAAAGAUCUACCGAGGUUAGGGAUUGAAAUCCAUAAAAUUUGCAUGCAGUGGAGAUUUCUGAAGCAUGAUAUGCCUUUUACUUUUAGCUAUCUGAAGAAGCUAAUUUUAUGUUGGGUUUGCAGGACCUUGUCGUUUCAGAAUGCUGCACUGCUGAUGAAGAACAGAGCGUCGACUGUGCUACACUGGUUUUUCCCUCUAGCUACACAACUCUCCCAGUUAUUUUCGAUUCAGCUGUCUAAAAAGAAUACCUUCCUGUCAAGAGAUGUUCUGAUGGUGUGAUACCAGCUAUCGUUAAGAAAGAAAUAGUCAUGCCUAUUUUUUAUUUAGACAAGUUACAUUUUCCUCUGAUAACAACUAUUUUUCCUCUUUAGAUCAUUGGUUCUUAUUGGAUUGUUGAAGGGCUCUUUCUUCCAUGAUCAUUUUCUGCUGAUUAUUAUUAUUAUUUUUGGCACUGUCACUUUAGGCCCAGAAUGACAACCGAGGGAUUCACUUCUAUGAUUACCAUAUAUUGUACAAUUUUUCUUACAAUGUCCCCGUGUUAUAUUUCCGUGGAUACCAAUAUGGUACGGCUCUGACAGAAAAUUGAAUUUUCUAUAUAGAACACACUUCAUCAUCAGUUCUUUGGUAACGCCAAUAAACCGUUGAUUUACACAGAUGGUCAACCACUGCCACUUGAGCGAGUCAAGGAGGACUUUCCUCCCCAUUCUUCAAGCAUUCUGAAGGAAUCCAGGUGGACAUUUCUUACGACAGAAGUAGGUGGUAUAACACACUAACGUUUGUUUUUUCAGCCCAUGACAUCUCCAUGUGCCUUGUGUUCUUCGCCUUUGGCAUUGAGGAAACCCAUGAACAUCCAUCGUCUUCAUGGUAAUAGGAUCAUCCAUUCUUGCGUCGGCCCUGGCAUAUGCUGCAUCCUUGUGGAACGAGGGAUUGGAUGAAGCUUCUCUUUUCGAGCUCUCAUCUGUCGAAGAGUGAAGCGGUUCGGCAGUACUUGCCGUCGUGGCUGUCAGUGGUUGGGCAGGUGGUCGGCUUCAAUCUUCCCCUCGCCAUACACGAGGGCCUAUCUUCCUCUCCUGUCACGAACUGGAUGCAGCCGAGUUGA